ACCACUCUCUUAAAUCACUCCCAUAUCUUCUGUUAGAUCAUCCCCUAUCUCCUACUCUCUCUUUCUUUCUCCAACUAUGAGCUUACUUGAUCAGCUAUGGGACGAAACACUCGCCGGACCUCGCCCAGAUAAAGGCCUCGGAAAACUGCGAAAACAAUCUACUUUUACCUUCCGCUCAUCCGAUUCCAGCAAGGCGGAAUCGCAGGCGGUGGAGGAUCCGGCUAUGAGAGUGACACGGAGUAUAAUGAUUGGAAAACCUGUAGGAAAUGAGAGCCAAACGCCGCCAGCGUCUCCGGCUGGAUCGACACCUCCGGUAUCUCCUUUUCCUGGGGGCAGAUCGGAGGCAUAUAGGUUUCGUAGGAAGUCUACUUCCGAGUAUUACGAGAGGGCAACCGGGAUCGGAUACAGGAGCCCUCGUGCUCCUUACGACCUGUGAGAUGUGAUCUUGAUCAUUAAGCGUAGCAAGUUUGGUUUUGACGAUCUACUUGUUCUCAUGCCAUAAGGGAUGUAUGUUAGUCAAUGUAAAUAUAUGUAUGUGUAAUACAUGGUAUGGAGUCUGGUGAAGUACGUUGUUUUAGGUUUUUGUUACUCGAAACUCUUGUAUGCUUGUAGGGGUUAUUUGCCUUUUCUAAUGAACUUGGUUUCAAGGUUAAACACCCAAAA